ACAUGGUGGUUUUUGAACAUCAGAUGACUCUGUUUAUGACUAAAUUUAAUUUGAAUUCUGUUUUUCAUGAAAUGAAACUUCAUGGCACGUGUAUAUGUCUUGUAUAAUGCUUUGUAAUGAGCAUUUUGUGUCUGUGCUUUUAGAUGCCAGAGGUGUCGGUAGCAGGACGUGAUAACCGGCCUGGGUUGCUGGGGAAGCAGCAGGCUAUGCCCCACGCUCUUGCAUUGUACCAGCAGCAGAUUACCAUGGCACAUGAAUCUUCCCAGGAGGCCAAACAGCAACAAUCACAGCCAACCAAAUCUCAGCAUAACACAGGGGGUGGAGAUUCCAGUAGCCCACGGGUCAGGACUCACAGCCCUGGUGUCUCUGACAGAGAGAGAGAAGAGCUGGAGGGGAACGAGAGAUGGCUUCAGGCUCUGCUACAUGGAUUACAUAAAUCUCGGGCAUUCUCUCCUCUUGCGGACGGUAAAAAGAUUCCCGGGGCUGAUGAUAUUCGGGCUUUAGGUCUAGGCCGACCAGUGAUGUCACCGUACCAGCUCUCUCCCAGAGACAUGGCCAAAUUCAGCCAUGAACAGCUGCUACACUACAAUCCCUCAUUGGCUCCUUCUCUACAGCCACAGGAGAGAAUGGCUGCAGUGCGGCCUCUCCAAAUCCCAGAACCCCCUCCUCUCAUCUCCUCUGCCAAGCCUGGUGGUUCCAUCACGCAGGGUACUCCAGUGCAAUUACACAACCUAUCUCAUGGCUCCGACCAUGGAAAAAUCCCAGCACCAGGAUCCCUGGCUCUCUCCUGGAUGGACCAGAGGAAAAUGGGAGGGUUUCCAGUGGUUAAACAGGAGCAGUUAUCUCCACGCGGGGCCGCCUCCUCUCAGGCUGAGAAUCUCUCCUCACAGGACUGCGCUACGUCACGGGGCCCCAUGCCAGCAGUUCAGGGUGGCAGCAUCACGAAGGGAAUCCCUGGCACGCGUGUGCACCAAGAACCUUCCAUGUCAUAUCGAGGAGGUUCGAUCACGCAGGUGUGGUUAAUCUAUAUCAUGCAGCUUGUUUUCUCUCACUAG